AUGGGGAAGUGCAAGGGGGCGUCCGAAUCGAACCAACGUAUGCUCGACGCCGCGGAAAAGCUUGCCUUUGUUGUAAAAAGCUCCCAAUUCCUUUUCGCAUUCGUAAUACGUUCGCGCAAUUGCUUUAAAAGCUUUUUUAACGGUUUGCGUUUCGAUAAAUUAAUUGCGUUAAUUAAAUUAAUACCGGGGAAACGCGGGGAUUUCGUUAAGCGCGAAGGAUUUUAUUGGUGCUGGGAAAAUUGCUCGUUCCGUAGUGCCCAGCAGGUACUGAAAUGGUAUUAUUUUACAAAAUAA